GUUAUGGUUACCAAGGUCAUAUGUGCUGACGCUACGUACGUCUCCUCGUCGCCCAGUUGCGGUUACUCCCUGGUGGUGAUAGAAGACAAGACUCUGGCUGUAGUUGUGUGGAAGACCCAAGGCAGUGAUCCACCAUGAGUGGCGUUCUACAACCUCUCGGAUCCUUGUUUUACAUCGUAAAUCCGAAUAGCACGGCCUUCAAGGAACCCGAAGACGUUCCGAAUUACACAAAUGAGGCAAUACCGAUGUUCAUUGCUUUCAUUGUGUUGGAGUGGCUGGUGGUGAAGUUCAAGAGACAAGGGAAGAUCCGACACAAUGACUUCAUAAACUCCUUGUCCCAUGGCAUUGUCUAUGAUGUGUUUGGCAUUGUGUUUCGGAGCUUCACGUUAUGGGGUUACGAUUGGCUGUACGAACGACGUGUUAUUGACCUGGAUUGGUCCUCCCCGGUGACCUGGUGGGUCGCUGCUCUCGGAGUUGACCUGGGCUAUUACUGGUUCCAUCGAGCUACUCAUGAAGUGAACCUGAUUUGGGCGAGCCAUCAAGUCCAUCACUCAUCCGAGGAGUACAACCUCUCUACUGCUUUACGCCAGUCGAUGUUCCAACGGUAUUUCUCCUUCGGGUUCUACCAGCCCUGGCUCUCCUGGGUUCCUCUCUCGGCUAUUUUAGUACACGCGCAAUUCAACUUACUGUACCAGUUCUGGAUCCAUACGGAAGUUGUGAAGAACUGCGGGCCGUUAGAGUGGGUUCUCAACACUCCAUCUCACCACCGAGUCCAUCAUGGAGCCAACAAGUGGUGUCUAGAUAAAAACUAUGCCGGCGUCCUUAUAAUAUGGGAUCGACUAUUUGGGACUUUUGAGCCUGAAAGACAAGACGAAAAGAUAGCUUAUGGGCUGGUAGGCCAACCCCAGUCUCAGAAUGUACUUUGGCUUCAGGUCUUCUACUUCGGGGCAGUGUUCCAGAAGGCUCGGAGCAUGAGCACCUGGGGCGACGCCCUCCGCGCCCUCUUCUACGGACCCGGCUGGUUCCCCGGGACGCCCCGCCUCGGCGACCCCGACACCUUCCCAGACGUCCGGGCGCCUAGGGCCAAGUACGACCCUCAGCUUCCCUUGUGGCAGGAGGUGUAUGUGGUCGUACACUUCCUCGUCAUCAUGAUUCUUCAUAAUAUCUUCAUUUCACAGAGUAUGACUUUCUCAUGGAUAACAGUCCUGAUGUUCUUCGUGUUCAUCUUUGUCUCCGUCGGAAUCAUUGGCGCCAUGUACGACGGCUGGUGGUGGGCGCCCUUGGUCGAGGCCGCCCGCUGCGCCGCCUACGUGGCCUACGCUCGUGACAUACCAGUCACCAACAUCGCGUUGUUGGACGCCGUCAUCCUCGCCUACUUUGCACUGUCGACGUUACUGUGGGUCUCUCAGAGUUUGGCCGUCGUCAAAGCCACUGUCAAGGCUGCUAAGCUGGAGUAAAAGGGCGAGCUAAAUACAAUAUAACGGCGGUAGUUUUUAACGAGAGUUGCGACAUACACAGUGGUGUUCUCGGCGCGCUCUACACGUUGAUAACACUUUUUUCAUGGUGCAAAAAAAUGGUUUCAAAUUUCGGUAGGCCUUGUGUGUUAUAAAAUAUAUAUAUAUUCUUUUUGUGUAAUCACUGGUGUAUUGUAUAAUUCCCUAAUUGAUGUAUUAAGCUUUAGUUCUUUAACACUAAAAUCACAAAAUGUAUUAUUGAUUUACAUAACCAUUGCAAGAUUGUAGUCCUUCAUGGGAUAAUUCAUGUUGAUAAAAAAACAUAAUCUUUGAAUAAUACAACCUAAUAAAGUAUAUUUUCCACAGAAAAUAUUCAUAAUAUAUUGAUGCAUUUUUCAUGAAACGAGAAGACUUCAAGUGCAUUUCCCAUAUUAUAUUUGUAUAAAACUGGAGAGGAUCAUCGUCUUUGGCCUGUCAAAGGUUGUUCCCAAAACGCGAAACAUUUGUUUCUACAGGAAUCGCCAGUCACACAUCUUAAAUAUGUUUAAAUAAGCUGAUUUGGUAUGAAGUCUUGUUAUGAAGUCCAUGUUUUAUUAACGCAUACAACUUAACAAGUAAAGUAGGGGAGAUAAUUCUGUCCAGAACCGUGAAAAAUCGUGUAGACAGUAGUAGAAAUCAGAAUUACACGAGCUGUUUGUAAUCUUUUUAGUAUGGUCUUUUUUGUAAACUCUUUUAUAUUUUUAUUUAGUGUAACCCAAAUGUAUAUAAGAAAAGAUGAUUCCCGAU